CAGACCAGGAGCGUCUGUGUAUGGUGACGGCUCUCAUCUUCGUUAGAGGGAGGACAGAAAUGGCAACGGCUAGGAUGGAAAGGGAGAGGGCAUGUGUAACUGGAGCCACAGGAUAUGUGGGGUCCAUGCUCGUUAAAAGCUUGUUAGAGAAAGGGUACGGCGUCAACGCCACCGUCAGAGACCCAGCAAAUAGCAAAAAGGUGUCCCACCUCUUAAAUCUACAAGUCUUGGGUGAUUUAAAACUUUUCAAGGCAGAUCUAACGGAGGAAGGCAGCUUUGAUGAUGCCAUCAAUGGUUGUGAUUUUGUCUUUCACGUGGCCACGCCAAUGAACUUCGAGUCUAAAGACCCAGAGAAUGACAUGAUCAAGCCAGCAAUCGAUGGAGCAUUGAACGUUUUGAAAUCAUGUGUGAAAGCGAAGACCGUGAAGCGUGUGGUCUGCACAUCAUCGGUGGCUGCUGUGUCGCUGAAUCAGCGCACUGGGACGGGCCAUGUCGUCGACAAGGAGAGCUGGUCGGACGUUGAAUAUUUGACUUCUGAGUAGCCAUUGACUUGGGGUUAUGCAGUGUCAAAAACCUUAGCAGAGAAGACGGCAUGGAAAUUCGCGAAAGAAAACAGCCUCGAUCUCAGCACCGUUAUUCCUGUGGGCAUCGUCGGCUCUUCUCUGACUCUGGAGCCUCCAGGAUGCAUCCACGUA